AUGGUUGAGAGCUUUGGUUUAGAGAAUAAUGAUUGGAUUGGAAAAACAUAUGAAAAGAGGGCGUAUUGGGCGAAUGCCUAUCUGUGUGAUAAGUUUUGUGCUGGAGUGAGAACAACAUCGAGAUGUGAGGGAAUCAAUUCAUCCCUCAAGAAGUUUAUUAGAUCUGAAAAUUGUCUUCUUGAGCUCUUGGAUAACCUGGAUUAUGUGGCGAAGGAUUAUUGGAAUAACGAGUUCAUGGCCGACUUCAAAUGCUUAUAUUUGGAACCGGUGAUGACAACAGGGUUGGAAAGUAUUGAGAAGGCUGUAAGCAAGGUUUACAUGCGGGAGAUAUUCUUUGAGGUUAAGAAAAAAAUAGAGUGGUGUAAAGAUGCAAAGUCUUUGGUGUCAGUUGGUGUGGUUCCAGUGGCUAAUACGGAAAAGGCAUUUCAAGUACGUUAUGGGUCCUUGUGGAGUGCAUGUAUGUCUAUGUUCUUUUUAGCUGCCCAGAAUGGAAACAUGUAUGAGAAUGUUCUUUCUCAAGUGGAAAAACUGACGAAGAAAAUUGAGCCAGCGGGCCCGCAAGGUGGAAGGAACAGAUUUGGCAGAGAAGGCGAUGACCAUGUCAACAUGCUGGAUCCAACUAUUAUAAAGUCGAAUGGUGCUCCCAGGGGCAGCAUGAACGUAAAGAUGGGGAGGCGAUGUAGAAGGUGCCAUGGGCUUGGGCACGACCAUAGAAAUUGUACCGCGAGGAACAAACAACCGGAUGAUGAGGGAGCAGAAACUAUUAACAGGCAGUCUCAAACUUCUUGUAAAAGGGUUCGGCGAGGUUAG